UUGUCCUAAUUUAUUUUUUCACCAUAAACCAACUCUCUCUUUCUCUCUCUUUCUCUUGCCAUUCUAGUUUUCAAAUUUUCAUUCAUGGAUGCCCACCUUCUGUUAUUCUCCUCCUAGAGGCAACCCCCCUCUCUUUCUCAGCAUUCUCCUUCUUCCCCUUGUUUCAGUUCAACUUGUAUUCUACACCCCACCAAUCAAAAUCUCAACUUUUUAAGACCCAUCAGACUGUUUCUUCCCUCUAUUUGAUCUUUGCAUGUGUCAGCACUCUCCACACGAGUUUCAGAAUGAUGGUGAAUGGAGCACAGAAAACAUAGUUGGAUUUCUAUUAGCACCUGCAUCAAAAUCAUCAUUGGGCAAAAGCAUCUCCAAGUCAGAAAAUUUUCGGUCUUUACUUCCAAUUUUGUCACGUUGCUGUGGUCGUGAUCUCCACCAUGGCAACCAAAUUAAAGGGAAUCUACAAGAGUUUCAAAUACAUCACCCAAAUAUUUGUUGUGAAGGAGCGGGAGAUGGAAAUUGGGUACCCGACAGAUGUUAAGCAUGUGGCUCACAUUGGAUGGGAUGGCCCUUCAGGAACUGGACCCAGUUGGAUGAAUGAUUUUAAAACUGCGCCUGAUUUCUCAACGUCACUGGGCAACUUGGGUGAACUAAGUGACCCCAAUGCUAUGGGUGCCACAACAUCAUGGUCCUCCCAAGAUUUUGAAGAGUCCACAGGAAGCCAAUCAUCAUCAAACAUUUACAAAGGCAUCCAAUCUGCAGGGGCUUCUCAUGUUUCUAAGAAAUCCAAGAAGAAAAAGUCCAAAUCAGCUUCUUCUGAAUCGCUAUCUGCUUCAUCAAGACAAUCAAGAUCAACAAAGUCAAAGACUAUAUAUAGUGACAGAGAAGCAACACCAAUUUCUCAAAACUAGCAGUUUCAAGACUAUGGAAUGAGUGAGAAAAAGAUUGUCUUUGUGAAUAGCGAUGAUUGUGCUCUCAUCUGGCAAUCCGAUAGGGGAAGAAGGAAAAUAAAGGUGGCUGUAAAAGUUUUUUUGCUGUUUACUACAUCCUAAUCCAUAGAGGAAAACCAAAUUGCUUGUCUUCUUGUCUAAAGGCUGAGAAUACUAGUGGAAAACCAGUAGAGGUUUUUAUUGGACGACAGAAUGUGUCAUGAGUGAUUGGUUUCUCUGGAUCAUAUGCAUCCUUAAAUUCAUUAGUUGUAUUAUCAGUUUUGCAGAUAAAAAUGAAUGGACAUGGAAAAAGGAUAUACCAAUAGAUGCCCAUUUAGCAAGAUUACUAUGUUUGUAAUUCAUGAUUCCUUAAGUAGAAUGUAAUCAGCGCACUUAUGUACCUUCCAGAUUGAAAUGGUAGUGGCUGGAGAAUGGUAUUGUAAGUUGUUUGUUUUACUUUGACAUAUCAGCAAGAAAAUUGCAACGACACUCGUUAUCUAUC